CGACUUUGACGCGGUGACUUUUCUUUCAAAAAUCAUUCGGCUCCAGGAAGUAAACGGAGUGAAUUGAACAAGUCAACAGCGAGACUACUGUUGCACAUUGUUGAGUAAAUAACACUUUGUUAGAUUGUGGGAAACAAGGUAACGGAACAUACAUCUGUAACGUAGCCAUACAGACCACCAGACAUGAACACAUCCAGCCUCCUCGGGAGUAACUUGACAUAUACAUCGUCCGGAAAGAAAACCUCCCGGACAACACUGGAGUAGCAGGUGACUGUCGAAAACAGAGACUUCGAUGGAGAGAAGCAGCGUGGACGGAGCAACUGCUGAUGAAGAGGAUGGAGACCGGGCGGCCCGCGGGAUUCUGAGGACAGACAGGUCGGAGGACGAAGGGGUGGAAGUGACAGAGGGGAGAGGUGUUGUGUACCAGGACCAGGAGAAAUCACGGAGGAAGACUGGACCAACGGCACCGGGCGGUGUGGUGGAUGAAGGCCAAGCCGAGAGGGAUGAGAGCUCGGCUGCUCCCUCUGCGUCUCCCACCAGCCUCAUGGACACCUGUGCUCUCUCCAUAUCAAGCCUCUCCUCAGCCUCCUCUUCCUCAUCCAACUAUCAUCAUACUGAUUUUUUCCCGUCAUCUUCCUAUUCCUCAGUCCUGUCUCUCACUCCACCCUUGCCCCCCUCUGUGGAGCUCUCAGCCGUGUUGACCGACACCAGGCUGACCCUGGACGUGUACCGGGGAGGAGCAGCCGCUCUGCCGCUGCUAUGGGCGUCCGUCCCCGGGCAGCUGAGGGGCCUCCAGUACCUGAGACUGGGCUCUGAAGAUGCAGCAGGACUGGACGGUGCACUGGGUGUCGUACCCCACCUGACAGAGCUGCGCUCACUGGCUGUCCGCGGACACUGUUUAUAUGACUCGCAGGGUGACCCACUGCCCGGCCUCCUCACCACUCUGCCCUCAUCUGUUUCCUCGCUUUCUCAUCUGGUGCAUCUGGAUCUCUCCUUCAAUCAGCUCUCCUGUCUGCCAUCCUCCCUGCUCAGCAUCCCCACGCUCUCCUCCUUGCUCCUUUGUUACAACCGCCUCUCAGCGUUGCCUCCUGAUAUAGGCCUGCUGUCCUCCCUCACCUACCUCUCCCUCCUGGGGAACGAGCUAGUCUCUCUUCCUCCGAGUCUGGGUCAGCUGAAAGCACUACAGACACUGGACGUUUCACACAAUGUCCUAGAGCAUCUACCUGAUGAAAUUGGCUCCCUGGAGGAGCUAGUUAGGCUGGAUCUGUCCCAAAACAAGCUUAAAUGGCUACCAGAGACCAUGGGCUGUCUCCUUUCGCUAAGGGAGCUUGUCAUCUACAGCAAUGACCUUCGCCUGAUCCCGCAUUGUCUGAAAAAACUGCCUCUGCUGAAAAUAGAUGUGCGUGACAAUCCUUUGGGACAGCCACCAACCCCUCCCCCUCUACCUCCUACACCUGACCAAGCUGAAACAAAAAUUCCAGAGUUGCACCUCGGAUUUAAUCAGCACAGUUUCUGUGUUUCGUCUGCUGGCUGUCACGUGUUUCUCCCAGGGGGGGCCGAGCUGCUGUUCCCCCCGGGGUGCCUGGUAAGAACCACAAGACUAGAAUGGAUUGAGAAAAGGCCAGAAAGGAAGUGGGUGUGGUUGGAGGAGCACGACAUCCUACUAAGUCGCCCUUUGGAACUUCGUCCCCAUGGAAUUACGUUCCUCAAGCCUGUGGAGGUGUGUGUGCCAUAUCAUCGAAGAAAAAGAAAGGAGGUGGUUGUGCGGAGGUUUGAUGGACAGUCGUGGAGCACCCUGCCCACUGAUUUAAGGAAGGGAAGCGAGAGUCAUAGUUGUCACCCUGGAGGACGUCCCGCCAGGCUGGCAUGCUGCUCAGUGAGCCAGUUCUCCUGGUUCAUGGCAGUGUCACGUCUAGUGAAAGACACUUGUUCUGUUUCACCAACUGGAGUGAUGUUGGUGUCCAGCUCUGACCCUGGAAUCAAGCUCCACUUCCCUCCGGACUGCACCGUACAGACACGCACCAUAACUUUACAGGUGCUGCAAGUGUCCGAGUCAGAUGUACAAGCACUGUGUGGCGAUCCUCAGGCCAGAGUCAGCCCCCUCCUCUGCCUCUCCCAGACUCCCAACAUACAUUUCCUGCAGCCAGUCAAAGUUCAGAUCCCUUUGCCACCUGGAGUCACAGGUCACACCGUUGAUCACACCUGUUUGCAUCUGCUCCAUGGAGACCCCACCGCCCAGACCUGGACUGAUAUCACGUCACAAGUGUCUCUCUGUGUCACUCAUUUGUACGCCAUUUUCUACAUCAGACAUUUCUCCUGGUACUGGCUGUGGUACACCACUCAGCACUAUGUUAGUGGGGUGGCCAGGAAGGUCUAUCAAAGACUUAAACAGUUUAAAGUCCAGUUCCUCGUCCUCCAGCGGAAGGCGGAUCCUUCACAAGUUUUGCUACAGUGUCUGCCUGCUAACAAGGUGGAAGGCAGAGUACAGUCUUUGUCGGAGCAGUAUGAUGGACCUCAGCCCUCAGAACUGUGCGACCUACUCGAAGGAGAGCAGUUCUUUGCCGGCUUUGAGAGAGGCUUAGAUAUCAGCACAGACAGACCAGACUGUGUGCAAGGAAGACUGUGUUUUAUGUUUUACUCCAGCCUGAAGAAUCUGAAGGAAGUGUACAUCUGUCCAGCUCAGGGUCAGGAGAGGCCAGUGAGGGGACAAGUAUCUUAUUAUAGAGGGGAGAUCCCCAGCAAUCUACCAGAGGAAGUGGUGCAAAAGAGGAAAGGAAACGACAACCAGUGGCUUGCAACUUUACCACUUAGACUUCCUGCUUUAAAUUCAGACAACAGUUACAUCACGGAGGAGCCCCAAUAUCCUCCUCUCAAUCUGGGCGACCCUGAGAGUGGCUAUCUGACAGAAGCCAACCUGCUGUCCAUCUCUCUUCAGAUAGGACACGACUGGCGUGUUAUUGGCAUCAAUCUUGGCUUAAGCUACCAGGAGUUGGACCGCAUCCAGUAUAAGCACAGGGACAACCUGGGAGCGUUGGUGCUGGACAUGCUGUUCCUUUGGGCAAGGAGCGCAGGACCCGGGGCGGUGUCGAAGCUGGUGGCCGCUAUGAUGGAGAGCGGCAGGAGAGACCUUGCAGAAGAAAUUGAGGACAUAGUCAGUAUAGGAAGGAGGAAGUACUCGCUGUCACUGAGGAGACUGGGCCUGGAAGCAGAGGGCUCCUCCCUCGUUGAGAACCCAGCAGUAGAUGAGCCAUCGCUGGGUACAGAUGGCUGUCUUACACUUGAGUAACCUGUUUGUUUAGAGUGCGCCCCCACCAUCUCAACCUGCUGUCGAAACAACUGUCUCUGAGCACAAAACUCUCUUUUUCACAACGAUGAUAGCCGGGCUACCGGCUGGCAGCACCUUUCAUAUAACCUGGGGAACAACCAGCAAAAUGGAUGAACUGCAUGAAGAUGAUCACCUGUGGCUUUAUUUCCCCCACAUUGCACUUUUUCAAAACUGUCUCGGUAUGAAAAGCCAUACUACAACAACUUACUUCUGCUAGGAAAAGAAGAAAAAAUUCUCAAAAUUAUGAGAUACAGAGUAACAAUUUGUACCCACACACUUCAUAUACCAUGUUAUAAUUUUGACUUAAUUCGGGUAACUUUGAGCCAUAUCACAAAAUUAAUUUGAUCCCUUAAUCAAAAAUCCUGGUUAGAUUUACAAAAAAUUGACAUUGUAGGUCAAUUUUUGACGUAGUAUUGUGUAACUGACGCACUCCAAUCAUAGAGUUCUGAUUGGACGGCAUCAUUAUUUUGAUUCAGUAUCUAAAAUAGUUAGAUAGCUCUGUUAAUAUUUUUUAAACUAUGUAUAUCACAGGUUGCUUGACAUAUGAAUCUAAUGGUUCUGAUAUUUUAUCUCAAAUUUGUGGCUUAAUAAGUCAAAAUGUCCACUUGCUAUCUCAUGAUUGUGACAUUAUCUCAUAUUUUUAAAACACAUUAUCUCAAAA